AUGUUUAAAAGAAGAAUUUUUUCAUUAUUAAGCAUUCCACAAACUACAGCCGAAAAUUAUUACAUUCCUCAUUUUCUUAGUUUACGAAAAUUGACAACAACACAAAAAGUUAGUCAAAUAAAAGAACAACUUUCUAAAAAACAAUUAGCUGUUAAAUUACCAUUAUCAAAAACUCCAACACCGCCUAAAGCUUAUAAACCACCAGCAUUAGGUGUUAAUCCAGCUUACGACGAAGCCUUAAAAUACAUCAAUGAAGACAAACAAAGAAAAUUAGAAGAGAUUAAAGUGAUCGAGGCUCAAAUAAGCGAAUUGUUGAAAGAUAAAAACAAAAGUGAAGAACAAGAUGAUAAAUUAAGUCAAUUGGAAAAUAAAAAAACUGACUUAGAGAUCCUGUCACAAGUAAAUGAUCCAGAAGUUCAAUGGAAAUAUAAUAAUAACAAAGAUUCAAUUGAUAUGUCAAAUGCUGUUUAUCGUCAUUUAAGAGAAAAAGAAUGGAGGAUUGAGUCACUUCCAAUAUUGAGGCAACGUAUAGAACAAAUGUAUGUAGUUCCAGAUUUAUUUCCUACAUUUGAACCAAAAAUUGAUCUUCAAUUCAAAUACAAAAAAAUCAUUGAACCAGGAGUUUUCCUAUUUCCAGGAAUGACUAUUAAAGAACCGGUGAUAAUUGCAACAAAUUUUCAUACCGAGACACGAUUAUACACACUGAUUUUUGUUAAUCCUGAUAUGCCUGAUACGAAAAACCAAUCAUAUCAAACACAGUGGCUUUGGUUGAUAAGAAAUAUUCCUUUAAAUGCAACAAAAUCUAAUAUCCUUGGAGGCCAGAUAAUUUUACCUUACACGCCACCACACCCACCUAAAGGAACAUUUUAUCAUAGAUACACUUUUGCUAUAUUCGAACAGUUUAACAAUGAAAAGAUACUAGUGAAUAAUAAUAACGUAGGUCCGAAUAUGGAUGUUAGAAGUUUUGUCGAGAAAUAUAAAUUGACAUUACGUGGCGCAACUUUCUUUAGAGAGCCUCAAUAUGGACCAAUACCUAAAAGUGAUUAUUAUUUGGAUAAAACUGGAAAAAAGAAACCAAAAUAUCCUGAAAUUGUAAAGGGGUUUUUCGAUUCCAAAAAGAACUUAGUACCAUAUGAAUAA